AUGACUCGAAACCGAUACUUCACCAUUAGAAGUAAUUUGAAGGUGACAGACGAUAAUGCUGUAACAGAGGAAACUAGAAGGAAAGAUAAGUUGUGGAAAAUAAGGCCACUUUUAGAACAUGUAAAGAGAGCAUGCCUCAGUUUACCUCAAACUCCUGAAGUGGCAGUGGAUGAACAAAUGAUCCCAUUUACUGGAGCAUGUGCAAUGAAACAAUGUGUCAGGGGAAAGCCAAAUCCUGAAGGGCUUAAAAAUUUUGUGUUGGCUGCUCCUUCAGUACUAGUCCUUGACUUUGAGAUUUAUCAGGAUAAAGGAACUUUCCCACAAGCUAUUGGUCAACAAUUAAAACAAGGAAUAGGAUUCUCAGCAGUCCUCAGGCUUUGCCAGAGUCUUCCAGAAGGAACACUCGUGUUCUUUGAUAGGUAUUUUACCUCUGUUCCUUUACUGGAAUCAUUGGCUGAAAAAAACUUGCCCGCCAUUGGUACAAUCAUGAAGUCAAGAAUACCCAGAGCAGUCCCUCUGAAAGCAGACAAGAUUCUUGCAAAUCAAGUAUGUGGGUCUGUUGAGCAGUCAGUGAGAAAAGCAAACAAAUUUCUAUUGUAA